AUGCAGCGGCCCGGGGAACCGGGCGCCGUGCGCUUCGGUCCGCCCGAGGGCUGUGCUGAUCAUCGGUCGCACCGCUACCGCAGCUUCAUGAUCGAAGAGAUCCUCACCGAGCCGCCCGGGCCCAAAGGCGCAGCGCCUGCAGCUGCAGCAGCUGCCGCGGGCGAGCUGCUAAAGUUUGGCGUGCAGGCGCUCCUGGCCGCGCGGCCCUUUCACAGCCACUUGGCAGUGCUGAAGGCUGAGCAGGCCGCUGUAUUCAAGUUCCCACUGGCGCCGCUCGGCUGUUCCGGGCUGGGCUCGGCGUUGCUGGCCGCGGGGCCUGGGAUGCCCGGCACCGCAGGCGCUUCUCACCUGCCGCUAGAACUGCAACUCCGCGGGAAGCUGGAAGGAACCGGCUCUGGGGAACCCGGCACGAAAGCCAAGAAAGGACGUCGGAGCCGCACAGUGUUCACGGAGCUGCAGCUCAUGGGCCUGGAGAAACGCUUCGAGAAGCAGAAGUACCUCUCCACCCCUGACAGAAUAGAUCUAGCUGAAUCCCUGGGCCUGAGCCAAUUGCAGGUGAAGACAUGGUAUCAAAAUCGGAGGAUGAAGUGGAAGAAAAUAGUGCUGCAGGGUGGCGGCCUGGAGUCUCCUACCAAACCCAAGGGGCGGCCCAAGAAGAACUCCAUCCCCACGAGCGAGCAGCUAACGGAGCAGGAGCGUGCCAAGGAGGCCGAGAAGCCAGCAGAAUUACCGAGCGAGCCCAGCGACCGGAAUUGCGAGGACUGA